GAGAAGAGCUCCAGUGGUCCGCCCUCCCCAAGCUGCCAGCCUCCUGGAGGUGUCCCGCCGCCACCAAGAGGGAACCUGAGCACCGUCAGUCUGAACACAGUGUCGCAGCCACGGACCAACAAGUUCACUAGAGGACACGCCCCCAGAGCACCGCUGGUGCUGCCCAGACACAAGUCGGUGGUGGUUUCGCUCAAUGAUUCAGACGACAGUGACUCGGAUGUGGAUGCCUGCAGCUCCACACAGACGGUGUUCGGAGGACUGGAGUUCAUGAUCAAAGAAGCCAGGAGGACGGUGGAGGCAGCGAAGCCUAAAGGGGCCUCGGGAUCUGAGAAGGAGAACAACCCCGUCAGAACUCCAGAGGCUUUACCUGAAGCAAAAAAGGCAGAGUACCGUCAGCUCAAAGAGGAAAUCGCCAGCAGAGAAAAGCAGAAGAUGUUGAAGGAUCAGAGUCCUUGGAGCUCCAGCUCUGCUCUGAUCGAGUCUGCGAUCAAUCCAUCAGCGAGAAUGACAGUGGAGGCGAAGCUGAGUGAGGUCGAGCAGAGAUUCAACAAGAACAGGGAGCUGCUGCAGAGAGAUGAGGCCGUGCUCAGACAUCUGUUGCAGCAGGAGCUGAAGAAGAAAGAGUCUCUGAAGGCUGCUGAGGCCAAAGUCAUCAAAUUGAGGGAGCAGCUGCAGGCCUCAGAGAAGAUUGUCAGUGCCAACAAGACACUCCUCAAGAAGCUGCAGGAACAGGUGCAUCGUGUUGAACAUCGGGUGUCCAUCAAGAAGAGUCUGGCUGUCAGGUUGGAGCAGGAACUGGCCCAGGCUAAACUGGCAGCUGGACGGGGAUCCAAACGCAGAUCAGACACCAACCAGACCCCUCUCAGUAAACUGCAGCGGGUGGACGCUGCUCCUCGUGGCUCAGAGCGUCACUUUGCUGAGCUGAUCGCACAGAAGCAGUGGCUGCAGCAGCUGGAGUCUGAAUACGCUCUGAAGAUCCAGAGGCUGAAGGAGGCCCAGGCGCUGCGUAACAAAGGAGUCUCAUCAGAGCCGCCACCACGAGCCCCCACCCCUCCAGAACCGCAGGCCCAGAUCCCACCGCCCUCCAGUCCCUUCCCUCUACCCCAGCCUUCCCUGCACGAUCUCACCCAGGAUAAACUCACGCUAGACAGCGAAGACGUAGCUGAGGUUGACGAACCAGAACCUGCACCUGCCACCGCCACUGCUGCUAGAGGCCCCCGCCGACACUCGCUCCGUCAGUCCAGCUGCUCUUUCACCAAACCCAACCUGGAGCAGCUGAGCUCCACACCGUCUAAAGACAGCAGCUCCAAACCUGCCAAGACUUCGGGCAGCUGCGAGGCUCCUGCAGAGAUGUUUACAGGGCUGGACCUGGAUGCUCUUAAGCUCCGUCACCGGCAGCAGGCACGACUCGGAGAGCUCCUGCAGAGCGAGCUGCACAAACUGGGACAGCACAUUGACAACGCCCCCAGUGGACAGGCAAUCACUAUGGAGGUGGACACGACAACAAGUCCAUUAGGAAGUCCAGAACUGAAACCUGUUCCCUUUGGACCAUACCACAGUCCACUACUGGUUUUCAAGUCGUACAGGUUCAGUCCGUAUUACAGGACCAAGGAGAAGUUAUCGCUGAGCUCUGUCACGUACAGCAACACAAUCGAGCCCAGGAAGUGCUUCUGUCGGUUCGAUCUCACAGGAACCUGCAACGACGACGACUGCAGAUGGCAGCACAUGAGAAACUGCUCUCUUACAGCCAACCAACUCUUCCAGGAUAUUCUGUCGUACAGUUUGUCUCUGAUUGGCUGUUCUGAGAGCAGCUCGGACGACAACGUCGGUAUCGCCACAGAGAAAUACAUUAAGAAGCUGUUUGGCACAAACAAAGAUCGUAUGGGUGUCGAUCAGAAGGCCGUCCUCCUCGUCAGCAAAGUCAACGAGAGCAAACGACACGUUCCUCCGUUCACCACCUGUAAAGACGUGAGGAGGUGGAGGCCGAAGCCGUCGGCGCAGAGUGGACUCGGCCCUGAAGACGACAGCGAGCAUGAGGCGGCACCCGGAAACAUCACACCUGGAAGAUUCG